GAGAGCGCUACGAAACUAGCAACUCCUCCAUUUUGAGGAAUCCUUUCCGCAACGUGUUCAGUAGUUUUCAUUUUUGCAUGGUGUUUCGCUUACAGUUUGUCUCGUAUCAUCUGCAAAUUGUACCUUUCGUACGAUAAUUCUACGCACUUGUAUUUACAUUUUCUGGCUGUAUAAUAGCAUUUUAUUUUAUUAUAAAAAUAAGAUGAUUGACAUAAAUGAUGUGACUUUAAUAGUUGCAGACAUGCCAGUUGCACAAUCCGAAGUAAAGUCCAGCUGGGCCGAUGAAGUCGAAGAGGAGGGAGGAGCAUUGCCAUCUCCUUCGGAGGUUUACGAGAACGGUUUCAAGAUUCUCACCGAGUUUAAGUACAACCAAGAAAACAAGAAAGUCAAGGUUGUGCGUACGUACAAGGUAGAGCGACGCGUCGUUUCGAAAACGAUCGCGGCUCGUAAAAACUGGGCGAAAUUCGGCGACUCCGCCGACGACAGGCCGGGCCCUAAUCCGGCCACCACCGUCGGCGGUGAAGAUGUCUUCAUGCAGUUCAUAUCUAGCAAAGAGGAGGAGAACAAGGUCGAGGAAGAUUCCCUGGACAAAUUGAAGAGCAUGGGUGACAAGGGCGUCGUCAAGUGCCGUAACUGCAAUGGUGAUCACUGGACCUCCAAGUGCCCCUACAAGGACACUGUUCUUGCUGGUGGAAAAGUACCAGACGACAAGAAACCUCUGGUUAACACGGGAGUACCCGGCGCAAUGGCUGAGCUGAAACCGCAGAGUGGCAAGUACGUGCCACCCGGAAUGCGCGACGGCGGCAACAAACGCGGAGAUUCCAUGCAGAUGCAGAGGCGCGAUGAUACGACCGCCAUUCGUAUCUCCAAUCUGUCGCAGAGCACCACGGACGCGGAUCUGGACGAGCUGGUGAAGCCGUUCGGCUCUGUAGUGAAGCAGUUCCUCGCCAAAGAGAAGCUCUCCAAUCUCUGCAAAGGCUUCGCUUACGUACAUUUCAAGCACAAGGCCGAUGCCGCAAGAGCGAUCGCCACUCUGGACGGUUACGGAUACGAUCAUCUUAUCUUGAGCGUCGAAUGGUCGAAGCCACAAGUGCAGAAUAACUGAACGCGAAGAGACAGGAACAGUGGACGCGCGGACGGAAAUGUGAAAUGUGUAGGUCGAUUGCUGCACAAAACCUCUAUGAAAAUAGAACUGUAUUUCUACAAAUACAAAUUCUCUAGUGCUAUUCUUGCUUGUACAUCCUUAAUUAUCUUCCUCUCCUUGUAAUUAUAAAUUAUUAUCACAAUAAUUUAUAAUUACAAGAGGAGGAAAAGGAGAAAAUUGUUCAUUAGAUUAGCGGAUGUAGAUUAGAUUUAUCAGAUUGGGAUUAGGUGAGCAAAAUCUGAAAGCUCAUUGACUCGUUGAUCGAAAGUUCAGAUUGCAUAUAGACAGUUUUAUUUCAGUAUAUUACAUAGAUUAUAUUGAAUCACAAUGAACGUAAUUACAUUUGGAUUUGACCGCGUGCGAGCCGCAUUUACGAGUAGACUUGGCUACAUAUUUUCGAAAUCGUAACGUUACGUCUAAUACAACCUUACACAAUGGCUUAUAGAAGAUUUCUUGAAGGUACAUCCAUGGCUAAUUACAAUAUAAUACAUCAUUUGUCGUAUACUUCUCGGGACCAGUUUGCGACGACGCGCGUCGUUGCUCUUGAAGAAUAAAUUCACAGGUCGCGUGAUUCGACAAAUGUUAUCGAGGAUGAGACCAACGAUCACUGAACAAUGGAGCAUUGUAUCGCUGGCAAUCGAGUGAGGCUCGAGAGAGACGGAACAUCGCAUGCAACUCGUAUUUAUGUGUUAGGCUAUUCGUUCCAUAUAAUGAAUCGAAUAAUCGAGAAUAUUCCCUGUGAUAGUCCAAUGUAAUAUCGCCAAUAAAAGAUCGGUCAACU